AUGGCACCUCCAAACGUGCCACCAUUCGACGAUACCAUUGCCGAAGUCGUGGCCAGCGAGACAUCCCCAGAUGGCACUGGAGUAAUCAAGAUAGAUCCCUGGCUCGAGCCGUUUAAGGAUGCGCUGCGGCACAGAUUCGAUUAUACGAAGGGAUGGAUUAAACGCAUUAACGACACGGAGGGCGGGUUGGAGAAGUUUAGUCGGGGUUACGAGAAAUUCGGCUUCAAUGUACGAGAUAAUGGGAAUAUAGUGUACCGCGAAUGGGCGCCGAAUGCUGUUGAUGCGCAUUUAAUUGGAGAUUUCAAUAACUGGGAUCGCAAAGCGACACCAAUGAAGAAAGAUGAAUACGGUGUCUGGGAAGUCAGUGUCCCCGCCAAAGACGGCGAGCCGGCAAUACCACAUGAGAGCAAGGUGAAGAUAACGCUCAAAACCCCCUCCGGCGAAACUCUCGACCGCUUCCCCGCCUGGAUAAAGCGCGUAACCCAAGACCCCUCCAAUGAAUUCCACGCCAUUUUCUGGAAUCCCCCCGCCGCCCAGCAGUACAAACCAAAACAUGCCCGCCCCCCCAGACCCGCCAGCCUCCGCAUCUAUGAAGCGCACGUCGGCAUCUCCUCGCCCGAAACGCGCGUCGCAACUUACCCGGAGUUUACGAAAAAUAUGCUCCCUCGCAUCAAGGCGCUGGGAUACAAUACGAUCCAGCUGAUGGCGAUCAUGGAGCAUGCGUACUAUGCCAGCUUCGGGUAUCAGGUGAACAACUUCUUUGCGGCGAGCAGUCGGUACGGGACGCCGGAGCAGCUUAAGGAGUUAAUUGAUGUGGCACAUGGGUUGGGGAUUGUGGUGUUGUUGGAUGUGGUGCAUAGCCAUGCGUCGAAGAAUGUGCUGGAUGGGUUGAAUAUGUUUGAUGGGACGGAUGGAGUGUAUUUUCAUAGUGGAGGGAAGGGGGAGCAUGGGUUGUGGGAUAGUCGGUUGUUUAAUUAUGGGUCGCAUGAAGUAAUGCGGUUUUUGUUGAGCAAUUUGCGGUUUUGGAUGGAGGAGUAUGGGUUUGAUGGGUUUCGGUUUGAUGGGGUCACGAGUAUGUUGUAUACGCAUCAUGGGAUUGGGACGGGCUUCUCCGGUGGCUACCACGAAUACUUCGGCUUUAACGUUGAUCAGGAGGCUGUAACCUACCUCACUGUCGCCAACGAAAUGCUGCACCAGAUAUACCCAUAUUGCGUCACUAUCGCAGAAGACGUCUCUGGCAUGCCGGCGCUGUGCCUCCCCUUUUCCCUUGGCGGGUUAGGAUUCGAUUACCGCCUCGCCAUGGCGGUGCCGGACAUGUACAUCAAGAUGUUGAAGGAGCAGCGGGAUGAGGACUGGAACAUGGGACAUAUCUCACACACACUGUCAAACCGUCGACACUGCGAGAAAACGAUUGCUUACGCAGAGAGCCACGACCAGGCCCUCGUCGGCGACAAGUCCCUCAUGAUGUGGCUCUGCGACAAAGAACUCUACACCCACAUGUCCACCCUAACCGAACUAACCCCCGUAAUCUCCCGCGGGCUCUCCCUGCACAAACUCAUCCGCCUAAUAACCCACUCCCUCGGCGGCGAAGGGUACCUGAACUUCGAAGGAAAUGAAUUCGGACAUCCAGAAUGGCUCGACUUCCCCCGCGCUGGCAACAACAACAGCUAUUGGUACGCACGGCGCCAAUUCAAUCUAACUGAAGACCCGCUGCUGCGCUACAACUUCCUCAACGACUUCGAUAAAGCGCUGCAGCAUGCGGAGGGGAAGUAUGGAUGGCUGCGGUCGCGGCAGGGGUAUGUGAGUCAGAGACAUGAGGAGAAUAAGGUGAUUGUGUUUGAACGGGCUGGGUUGGAAGGGGGUGUAUAG